AUGGCAACUGCGCAGUUGCCUGCGGGUCGAUCCCGGCUAGCAGAUGAUGCUGCGACAGCUGCCCUCUACGUUACGCACCCUGAACGCAAGACCUCUAUUUCAAACCCACCUGCAAACAAUACGCAGUAUUUCAACCCACGCGCGGUCGGCGGUACCCCAAGCCUCAGCCACGCCUCCGCAGCGUCCGCCCUCGCACACGCAAAUCACAAGCCCGUUGAAAUAUGGCGGCCCCCGAAUAGGCAACCAGCUGCUGAGAAGGCGGCAUUACGUGUGAAGGACUUUACUCCGCCUCAGAUACCCCAACCCACCAGCCAGUACAGCGCAGAGGGGCUUGGAGCUGCCAAGAUCGCCGUUCGCGAACAGAGAGCGUCGGUAGGCCAGGCUGAAGCUGCCAACCUCGAGAGCCGUCGUAGUUCUGUCGAUCGCUUUCACCACACCGCUGUUGGCGGCAACCCGCAGGACAAGGCACUCAUGGCCGCGACAGGCGCUUACACUUCUUCGCGAAAGAGAGCCGACUCGGCACCUAGUGAUGCAGGGGUUGCCCCCAUUUCACCACAUGCUCGUUCAGCCGCAGGGGCGUCGCGAUAUGGUCGCGUGGAAGAAGAGGGUCCCCUUGACCACUUGGACCCUGCGAUGGAAGCAAGCAGAAUCCAACACACUCUUCAUACUAACGCGAAGAUGUAUACCUCAACACCACCCAUUCAAAGUGAAGUCGAAGAACAAAACAACAGGAACUCGAUGCGCGCCGCAGCAAUCUCAAUGGCAAAAGACAUGUACAAAGUCACGGGAAAUGAAACACCGCCUACUCCUAGUGGAGUAGACCCCGCCAUUCUCGCAGCUCAACACGGCCAGAGUCAGCUGGGAUACCGCAAGACAGUCUCCGCUGCGGAUGGAUCUGCCGUCCGGCGUGCGAUCGCGCUGCAAGAGGCAGCACAGAAGCGAGCCAACGAGAAGCUCGCGCGUAUGCAGGAUGAGAACGUUGAAUACCAGCAAUACUAUGGCACCGCACCUCAGCCGCAGCCGCAGCGGUUGCGCUUGGUCGGCCGCCGCAAAAGAACAUCGAGCGAUGCAGAUGGUUCCCAGAUUGAUGCGGAGCAGUCACGGCAGAUCCGGAGCCAAAUGACUAGUCUCCGAACCAAGAUGGACCAAGUUGAUUCGAAACGGACGAGGGAUCGCGAAUUACUCAUGCAGGCUGCCCGCCGGAAUGUGGACCAGACGAUCCAAGACAUGGAAGCCCGAGUAUACGCGGACACCGGCCGCGCUCCACCUUCCGUGCAGAGCCAGUGGGAUGAAGUUGCCCGGGAGCGCGUGCGACGGGAAGCAGAGAGUCUCGAAACAGCCAGCACACAGGGUAAUCGAGUCAAUAUUGGCGGCCAGAAGUAUAUGGACAUGGCCGACGUCGACGCUAUCGCGCGCGAGCGGCUUCAGCCUUCCCUCGAUGAGAUCACAGAGAACGCCGAACUACGGAGGGCCCAGGAGCUUGAGGCUCGCCUGGAUGCGGAGGAGCAGCAAAGACGUGCUGAUGUGGAGCGUCAACGCGAAGCUGAGGUGCGAGAAUUGGAAAAGCAAGAAAGCAAAGGUUGGUUGCCCUAUCUCUUCUUUCACGGAGAACAUUUGACUCAUGAACUAGGCACAGGCAAGCGUGAACGCAAAUCCGAGAGCAAGCUCCCGAAGCUUUUCUUGUGGGCGAAGAAGGGCAAACGAGAUCGCGCGGAUAAAUCUGAGGCUGAUACAACUCAAUCAGCCUUGCCCGUUGCUCAGGAACCUACGGAGGACCAGGCCACGGCCACUGCCACGGACAAUGAUGUAUCGAGAGAUACAAUUCCAGAGGAGGCGUCCAAAGAGGAGUCUAUAGAGGAGUCUCCCCAAGCGGAGACGGCGAAUACCGAGACCCCAGUUGCAGCCGCUGUCUCAGCCCCAGAAGCGGCGAAUACCGAGACUCCAGUUGCAGCCGUUGUCUCAGCCCCAGAAGUUGAAACCCCAAAGCCCGUGGAAGACAACGUACCUGCAGCAAUCCCACGCCGGCCCACCCGAAGACAGACUGAUCCACAGGUAGAACAACGAGAAUCCAUCAUAGAUUCAGGGCCUACACCCGUGCGUUAUUUCACGCCGCCUGUGACAAGCCCGCGCGCGGACUCGAAGCUCAAAACCUGGUUCCGUGAUCGUCUCGUUCGCCGCUCCAGUGGUCCGGUCCCUGUCUAUCCUCAUCAGCCUGGCCCGGACUACAGCUCAGACAGCGAACCUGCCUUCCAAGGCGGAGCUGCCCUCAACCGCGAUGAAUCCCGCAGCGCAGCGCUGAGCUCGCACCCUUUGGAAAGCAACGGGCCUACCCAGACACACAAUCGGUCGUCGAGCUACUACAGCAAUGACUUAGACGUCAACCAUGACAAUGCUGGAGAGUCUGUCCAAGAGUCUGCGAAGCAAAAUGGCAACGGCAGGAAAAGGGACCGUUUCCGCAAGACAUUCCUCAGGACUGUCUCCCGUAGCUCCGAUGAGGAUAUGCCAAAUGGUGACUCGCGUCGCAACUCGACGGUUCCAUCGUUCUCCAAGGAUACCGCUGGGACUGAUAAGAAUAGUCUGCGAGAGAGUGCCGCCGACCAGGGCCUUCCAUUGCCGCCGAAUCUUGGUGAGACCAUGAACACAAAAAGAGAAUCGAGGUUCUCUGAGGAUCUGUGA